CAAAUUUGACACGUGUUCCAAUUUUCUUCGCGGAGAGAGCGAGAGCGAGAGCGAGAGAAAGGAUAGGAAAAUCACAGAAGAGAGAAAAAAGGAAAAAAAAGUUUGGAAGAAGAGAUUGCGUCAAUCCUCCGCUAAUUCAUUCAAAAACUAUCUCUCUCUCUACCAGCCAGCCAUUACAUGCAAUCGAAUUGAAUUCAACAAGCUCCUCCAUUGCUAUUUGUGAAUUUCGUAAAUUGAAUUGAAUAAUUUUGUGAGAAAAUCGAAAUAGACAAUUGGAUUUUGGGAAUCAAUCAAAGGGAAUCAAUCAAAGAAGAACGAUGGAAAAAGGCGAUUCAGCAGCAGUAGCGGCUGUAAUGCUUACAUCGGGAGCUAGCGGACGAGUGAAUGCGUUGUUUUCGAUGCGAGUUGUGAAUAGUUUGUUAAUUCUGAUCAAUGCGAUCGUCAUGCUCUUCCUCUUACCAUUCCGUGGUCGAAAGCGUUCCGUUUCAACCGCUGCAUUGUUGCAGGAUGACAAACAGGAUCAGAGGAAGUUGCCGCCGGUGCUGCUGCGAGUGCCGCCCAAUGUUCCGUGGAAGAGCAGCUCCGUGGUCGACCAGGACGUGGCUGCCAGGAGAGCGCUCGCGAUUCGGAGGGUGAUGCAGGCCAAUCAUGAAAACUCGCUUAGGGAAUUUUCUCUGUUCGUUACAUCCAGAGGGGAGACCAUGUUUACUCAAUCGUGGACCCUUGUUUCUAAACAAAUCAGGGGACUUGUGGUUGUUUUGCAUGGCCUGAAUGAACACGGUGACAGGUAUGGUGAGUUCGCAAAGGAGCUGAACGCAAAUGGAUUCAAGGUCUACGCAAUGGAUUGGACUGGACACGGUGGAAGUGAUGGGCUGCAUGCAUAUGUUCACUCUCUUGAUGAAGCUGUUGCGGACACGAAAUCAUUUAUUGGAAAAGUUGUAGCUGAAAAUCCUGGACUUCCAUGUUUUUGCUUUGGGCAUUCCACUGGUGGAGCCAUAAUCCUUAAGGCAGUACUGGACCCAAAUAUUGAAGCCUGCAUUGCUGGUGUUGUGCUCACUUCCCCUGCAGUAGGAGUUCAACCAUCCCAUCCAAUUUUUACAGUACUUGCCCCAGUUUUCUCCUGGUUGUUUCCAAGAUUGCAAUUAAGAGCUGCAAACAAGCAGGGAAUGGUGGUUUGUCGGGAUCCAGAAGCACUGGUGGCAAAGUAUUCGGAUCCACUGGUUUAUACCGGAUCCAUCAGGAUAAGGACUGGUUAUGAGAUUCUCCGAAUCACGACAUACUUGCAGCAGAAUCUGAGAAGAUUGAAAGUGCCAUUUCUAGUUCUCCAUGGUACCACUGACACGAUUACUGACCCGGAGGCUUCUAAAAAACUAUAUGAAGAAGCCUCCUCAACUGACAAAACCAUCAAACUGCUUCAAGGAUGCUUGCAUGAUCUACUAUUUGAACCCGAACGAGAAAUGAUCGUGGAAACCAUUAUUGAUUGGUUGAAUUGUAGAGUCUAUUAAGGUUAUUGGCUGAGUCGUGCUCGACUGUGCUCAUGUGGGGAGAGAGAGAGAGACGCCAACCACCAAUCCAGCUUUCUGUGCGAUUUGGGGUAGCAUUAGCAAGUUCAAUUUUGGGCUAAUGACCACUUUUUGAAGCUUUGCUAGCGACUUGUAUCUGUAUGAAUAAAGUAUGAUAAUUUUUUGCUGAAACUUUGACACGACGCAGCACCAUCUAUAUUUGUAUGAUGAUUCUGUGUGUAAGUGUAUUAUUUUCCAAAUUUUCACUCUUCUUAAUCUGAUCAGUCUUUUUUACCUUUGCUCAA